UUCUUUUUUUUUUCAAUUGGUAGAAAACAACAAAUCAAGAAAAAUUGGACUAGUUCACCGACCAAACUAACAUUAAAUAGCAAUCACAAGUAAGAACAUUGGUCAUUCAUUCCUCCAAAACAAACACUCUUAUUAGAUUUCUAGUCCCACAAGUGAAAAUGAAGAGAACUUCAACUUGUGUGUCCUUUUUACCUCUCCACAUUCUUCUUGUGUCCUGUUUUCUUUUCCAACUCACUCAAUCCUUUACUUUGAUGAGAGAUGAAGAUAAUGAUUUGGUGGACCAAAUAUGCAAAAAAACACCCUUUUAUGAUCUAUGUAGUUCAAUCUUAAAUUCCAAUCCUCUAACCCCAAAAUCUGAUCCAAAGGGUAUAGCCCUUAUAAUGGUCAAUGACAUUCUAGCAAAUGCUACUGACACAUUGGAUUACAUUGAAGAGCUUAUCAAAGAAACAACAGACAAAGAUUUGGAGCAAGAAUUGGCUUUUUGUGCUGAGUCAUACAUUCCAGUUGUGAAAUACAUUCUUCCACAAGCAGCUGAUGCUAUAAACCAAAGUAAAUUUGGGUUUGCUAGUUACUCCAUUGUUGAUGCUGAGAAGGAAAUUGAUGCUUGUAGCAAGAAAUUCUCAAGCUCAACUAGUUCACCUUUAGGUAAUAGGAAUAACAUUAUGCAAAAGUUGGUUGAUGUGGCUGCAGCCAUAGUCAAACUAUUAUUAAAUGGCUGAUUUGUAAAUUCUUAUUCAAUAAAUAGUUUAUUUUGUAUGGUUGAGUUGAGUUUAUACAAACUAUUGUAAUUUAUAAAUCUAUAUACUUUGUAGCAGGUGUUUAUAAACCACUAGUUUUCUGACAA